GGGGUGGAGGAUGGAUGCAUUGCACAAAGCGGCAAGCUCCGCACAUGAAGUGGGAAUGCUUGAGCACUGACAUCAGCUCAGAUAAGACGCAACAUUUGGAGGACGCAACAUUUGGAGGAGGAGGAGGAGGAGGCUGGAGGGGAACUGGUGGUCUGCCCCGUAAAAAAAACAAACGGCGUGUGCCACUUUGCCUCAGACUGAAGCUACUUUCACGCUUGACAAAGUUUUUUUUUUUGGGAGGAUCGAUUGCUUCCCGGGACACAAGAGUGGAGACGGUGCGGUGCUUGGAGAGAAGGAUGUUGCUGGACAAGGAGGACAGCGUGUCCCUGGUGUCCCUCCAGUCCAGAGAGAAGGCUCGAGGCUGUGCUGGCUGCAACGGGAGAAUCAGGGACCGCUUCAUGCUCCAGGCGCUGGACUGCUAUUGGCACGAAGACUGUCUCAAGUGCGCCUGCUGCGACUGCCGCCUGGGCCGAGUGGGCUCCACCCUCUACACUCGAGCCAACCUCAUCCUCUGUCGCCGGGACUACCUUAGGCUCUUUGGCGUGACGGGGAAAUGCGCCGCCUGCACUAAGCUGAUCCCCGCCUUCGAAAUGGUGAUGAGGGCGCGCGACAAUGUUUACCACUUGGAUUGCUUCGCCUGCCAGCUCUGCCACCAGAGGUUUUGUGUGGGCGACCGGUUCUUCCUGAAGAACAACAUGAUCCUGUGCCAACUGGACUACGAGGGCGCGCAUCUUAAUGGAGAGGCAGAGAGAUUGUCGCAGUGACAGGUGAAGAGGAUGAAUGAAAAGCAUUUUGGACAUUCUCCAGCUCGUUUUUGAACUUUUUGGAACAUGUCCUAAGCGAUGAUGUCAACGCAUGGACGCAAACUAAAAACAAACUAAAGGAGCAAGCACUUAAAGAAUGGCUCUCGAGCUACAAGAGUGCUGCGUGGACAAGUUAUCAAGUCCUCCUCUUUGUGUGUUUUUUAAAAUAAAACUUUAUUUAAUGUUGAACUCACACACAAGGAGCAACAAAACAAACACUGAGGACAUUCAGCGUUUUCCUCUUGCCACCAAAGAUGCUUUCAACUGUGUUUAUUUGGUUGUUUUUUAUCUCAACUCAAUGAACGCCAUCAACAUAGUUUAGCUAAUAAUAAGAAUGAUGUAUUAAAGACUUGUGUACUAAAUUAACAACUGAAAUUUUCCUUAAAGCAAAAUAAAGGAAUAAUUCUUGAAA